CCUGACGCCGCGCUCCACCCAAGAGGGUCUGAGAAGUAAGAAAACAGUCUCCACGGAGGAGACGGCAGCGGCCCGCCUCCUGGAGGUGACUCAGAACGCCGGGGAAGAGCCGCUUCCAGCUGCCAGGGAGGAGCCGAGUCCUCAGGACUGGACUGACCGUGAAGGGAAGGGGCAAGCGAGGGCAGGAGGCCGAGCCUUCGGUCUCUGAGAAUCAGAGGCCCACACUGGUCACCUCUUGCAGUGCUUAGCUCACUAACAAGGAGAUUUCGUUCCAGAGCGGCCGAGACACCGACGCCGCGAAGGCCGCACGAGGCCAGCUCAAAGACACACCACGCACCGACGCGACCUUACUGCAAAGAUGAAACCUGAUGAAACUCCUAUGUUUGACCCAAGUUUACUCAAAGAAGUGGACUGGAGUCAGAAUACAGCUACAUUUUCUCCAGCCAUUUCCCCAACGCAUCCUGGAGAAGGUUUGGUUUUGAGGCCUCUUUGUACUGCAGACUUGAAUAGAGGUUUUUUUAAGGUACUGGGUCAGCUAACAGAGACUGGAGUUGUCAGCCCUGAACAAUUUAUGAAAUCUUUUGAGCACAUGAAAAAAUCUGGGGAUUAUUAUGUUACAGUUGUGGAAGAUGUGACUUUAGGACAGAUUGUUGCUACAGCAACUUUGAUAAUCGAACAUAAAUUCAUCCAUUCUUGUGCUAAGAGAGGAAGAGUAGAAGAUGUUGUUGUUAGUGAUGAAUGCAGAGGAAAGCAGCUUGGCAAAUUGUUACUGUCAACCCUUACUUUGCUAAGCAAGAAACUGAACUGUUAUAAGAUUACCCUUGAAUGUCUACCACAAAACGUUGGUUUCUAUAAAAAGUUUGGAUAUACAGUAUCUGAAGAAAACUACAUGUGUCGGAGGUUUCUAAAGUAAAAAUCUUAAAGACAUUGUCAAAGGAGCUAAUGCAGCAAGGCUGUACUCUUCUAGAGUUAAAAUAUUUUGUUGCUACAACCCAGUGACCUCCAUAAAUACUGGAUUGAAAAAACAUUGGAAUACAACAAGUAUAAUGACAUUUAGAAGAUUACUGUGGGCUGGUGGGGGCUGCUGUGAGUUUAGAUUACAAAUGGAUAUUAUAAAAGGGAUGAUUUUUAACCAAAGGAAUAUAUUUUUAACUUGAAUCUUUUCUUGCAUUGUAUUUUUCUAAAGUUUGGCUUCAUUUCUUGGUGGUCAAGAGUAUAUGUAGUAAGGAGUUAUAAUGUCUGCCAGCUGUACUGCUCAUUAAAAAAACAUACAAUGAAUAAGGCUGUUUCCUUAUCACAUUCAUAAAAUUAGUAUUUUUGUUUCAAAGAAACAUAGCUAAAUACCACUUAAGGCUGUAUCAUUUUCCAGAUACUAUGUGAAAUUGGAUGUUAGUUUUUGUUUUGUUUUGUUGUGAGGAAGAUUGGCACUGAGCUAACAUCUGUUGCUAGUCUUCCUCUUUCUGCUUGAGGAAGAUUGUUGCUGAGCCAGUGUCUGUGCCAAUCUUCCUCUA